AUGGCUCAGCUCUGCGUAAUGUGUGAGACGACUGAGGCCAAGUACAAGUGUCCAACAUGUCGAGCGCCCUACUGUAGUCUCGUGUGUUGUAAGAAACAUAAAGAGACGCCAUGUGAGUCGGUGCCAGCACCUAUAACCCCCCACAAGUCUCCAACACUGUUGCAAGACUCAGCUCCAUCAUCCUUCACUGUAAUGUCCGAAGACAAGGAGAACGAGAAGCUCACGGAUGAACAAAUGGACGUACUUAGGACUUCCGUGAAAGUAAAGGAAUUACUGGCAAAUUCUGCCAUUACGCAGGCGCUGACUCAGAUUGAUAAUAGUCCGAAUAAAGUAAAAGCGCUUGAGAAGGCGCUCCUGGACCCUAUGUUUGCCAAGUUUAUGUACCACGCACUGGAUGAAAUUAAGCUGCAACAUAAUGCAGGAGCUCGUCGAGGGUUUCAAUCCAUUGUGAGCUCACUCGUUCCCAUGGUGCUAGAGCAGUCACCGCGAGGAGAGCGUGUGUUUGACAUCUACUCGCGGCUGCUUAAGGAGCGCAUUGUGUUUGUACAUGGCCCUGUGAACGACAAUAUGGCAUCGCUUGUAACUGCGCAGCUACUGUUUCUCGAGUCGGAGAACCCUGACAAGGACGUAUACAUGUACAUUAACAGCCCCGGGGGCAUUGUGAGCUCUGGUUUGGCCAUCUAUGACACUAUGCAGUACAUCCAGCCCAAGGUCAACACGGUCUGCAUGGGCCAGGCUGCAUCCAUGGGCUCACUAUUGCUUGCAGGAGGCACUCCGGGCUGUCGAUCUGCACUACCAAAUGCUCGUAUCAUGAUCCACCAACCUUCAGGAGGGGCGCAGGGUAUGGCCAGUGAUAUCGCUAUCCAGGCUGAGGAGAUCAUUAAGCUCCGUACUAGAUUGAACGGACUGUAUGCGUCCCACACGGGAAAGCCCAUUACAGUGAUUGAGCAGGCAAUGGAUCGCGAUCUUUUCAUGGACCCGCAGGAGGCGCAGGAUUUUGGUAUCAUUGACUCGAUCGUUGCCAACCGGACCACGCAAUCGUCAGGCAAGUAG